AUGGGCUGGGGCGGGUGUCUGCUCCGGGUAACGCGGUGGCUUCGUUUUCCGGAGAUGGGUGGCGGCGUGCGACCCCGACCCCUGCCCGGGCGCGCGCCCCGGCUGCCCCCGCCCACCGCUGCAGACCCUCCCACAGCGUUUUCGGAGAAGCCCCGUGGUCAGCCCUGGCUGGGGCUGCCCGCAGAUGGGGAUGAGCCGUGUCCAAGCAGUCUCCCAGCUGUGCUCAUGGUGCUGACACGUGGUACCCAUGAAGCCCGGGAGUGGUUUCCCGAGGUCUCGUCCUGCUCCUGGCCUGCUCUCUGUGCUGUCAUCUCAGGCCAGAAGGAAAACCAAGAAGAAAGGGGGGGCCUGUGGGCACAGAGGGCCCUGUCCAAUGUCUUCUCCAACUUUGAGCAGACCCAGAUCCAGGAGUUUAAGGAGGCAUUCACUCAGAGCCAAGACAGCUUCAUUGACAAGGAGGACCUGAAGGACACCUAUGCCUCCCUGGGCAAAAUCAGCGUCAAGGAGGAGGAGGUGGGCGCCAUGCUGAAGGAGGCCUCAGGACCCAUCACCAUCACCGUGUUCCUGAACCUGUCUGGGGAGAAGCUGGAUGGCACAGACGCUGAGGAGACCAUCGUCAAAGCCUUCAAGAUGCUGGACCCCGACGGCAAAGGCAGCAUCAGCAAGGACAUCAAACGCCUGCUGAUGUCCCAGGCUGACAAAAUGACAUUGGAUGAGGUAGACCAGAUGUUCCAAUUUUCCCAUGGGCAGGAACAGGACAAGUGAGGGGCUCCCCCUGCCAAGUCAAGAAACGUGGACCCACAGACCUGCCUGCGAGUGUCUGCCUGUGGGGAGGAGCGGGGGAGGGAGGGUCUGCAUCUGCCUGGGGGCCCCUCUGCUGCCCCCGUCCUUGUGGCUAGCAGAGGAGAGGCUCUGGGAUGGGCCCCUUCUAGCAAGGCCCUCCCCAC